UUUCAUAUUGGCUGUCACCCCAUGAUGUCACAACAGUGAGGUAUCAGCUGACUGACACACGCCUCACAUGACACCCAUAUCUGCUGAGGGACCUCUUUUAUAGCUGCUCCCAGCCACUCCGGCUACUUGCUGAGGUUUAAGCACACUUAUUUGACCAAAAGUCAGGAUUAAUAAUAAAACAUACGUAACUUUAAUUAAAUAUGCCAAGAGUUUUUCUGCUAAUUAAACAACAGUAACAUUAAAGCUACUCUAAAAGCAGAUUAGCAGUUUGCCAGGGGAGAAUCUAUUUAAAGUUCAGAAAUGUUAUACCUCUGUUAGAGAUGGCGGCUGUGAGAACACUGCGUGUAUUACGUGAUCAGAAGCACCGCUCUAUAUUUAUCAGAUCAUGGGGCUUGCCUUGUCGCAUGCUCACAUGCAAGAACACCUACCAGAGGACGUACAGCAUGGUGCUGCAGAGACUUCCUUGACCUUCAUCUCCUGUAGAGCAGGACAGCUUGAAUCAGGACAGGUUUUGUUGAAGCAAAAUGGAAGAGUUUGAAUACAGUGUGGAAAUCUGUGACCGUGACUGGGAGCGCUUCUUUGCAGAGUGCGAGGAGUGUAAUCUGCUUCCUCCAUCGCUAGCAGGUCUCGAAGAUUCGGGGAUGAGUGACAUUGAUGACACGGGGUCUGUUCUUGCCAUGAGGGCUCAGAGAGUCGAUCUAACCGCAGGCUUUUCUGAGACUGACCGCCCUAUCGAUGGGCCGCCACACUGUGAGGGCUCUCCUGUGGAACACUACCUCAGCAAACACGGCAUAGGAGGGAUGGAGAGCGUCCUCUCGGGCAGCGAGGAGGAUAUCCACCUGCAGUCCGUCAAUAUGUUUUUUGAAAGGCUGAAAAGUCUGACAGAGCCUGAGCCAAGCCGAGUGAACUUUGGAAAAAACAGUGAGGCAAUGCAAGAGAUGGAGCGGUGCAGCGAAGGGCAGCAGGCCAGUAGAGAUGCACUGCCAAAAAACAUCCAAAAGUUAAACUUUCUGCCUGCCAGGGGUGAAACAGCAGUUGGCAAAGAGAGCGAGAGGCCUGUCGACACCAUCAGAAAGACAUACACACUGAGAAAAGUGCACUCUGAGCCCAGCAUUUCCUUGCAACAUGCAGCCAGUAACUCAGUACUCAACACUAACAAAUCAACUGAAACUGAGUUAUUCAUCAGAGAGGAAGCCUGCACAGAACCCAGAGUCAGCGACGUACAGCAGUGGAAUCGUGACUCACUGUGCACGGCCGUCUGCUCAGUGACCACACCAAACAAGGUGCAGACAUGCGCACUUCUACAUGACUUUAAAGAGGAAGAAUUGUUGAAACACCUCUGUAAAAAGUGUGCCACUGAUUUAGCCAGUGAUUUGGACGUGGCAAAUAUUAAAAGGCAGGAAGACCAAACCCCUAUUAUUUCACAGUCAGACACAGCAUGUUCAAACAAAGCAGUGAUCCAAGAAUCUCCGUCUGCUUCCAUGAAGAGGAAGAGGAGAAAGAAGAGACGGCUCAGUGUGGAGCAAAGCGAAGGUGGGCACGAGAGGCAGGUUUUAGUCAAGCCGAGCGACUCGGAGGAGGAGCAGUGCGCGUCAAAAGCAGGAACAGGUCUCUGCUUUUCUGAGGAUAUCAAGUCGUUUUAUUUAAACGAACCACAGAAAAAUCUCACAUCUCUUCUAACACCAUAUUCAAUGACCAGCAGCAGUUUCCCGGUGAUUAUAUCCUCUAAUCCUCCAUGUGAUAGUCAGCACCAAUAUUUGUCAGAGAGCGUGGGCAGGCAGAGGAGGAGUACAGAUACAUCCGACAAUAAUUCAGCAAACAAUAGCUCAGCGACCACACUGAGUCAAACUGAUGACAGUGCAACGUCUGCACCAAACAGCAGUGCUACUGUGGCAACAAACUCAGAGGUUUGCAGCGAGUCGAAGGAAGAAAAAUCAGCUGGACUGAAAAUGUAUCCUAAACUGCCAGUUUUAAUGACAGUAGGUGAAUAUGGUAAACCAGACAUGGGCAGAGAAAGUCAGAGCGGGGACAUAAAAGUCGAGGGGCUUCACUCCGUCACUUCACCUGAAAAUGAACAGAAUCUCACAUCUGCUGUAGAGGUCAAAGCAGUAACUCAUAGUCUUUUAUCGAGCUCAGAGUCAAAUGCUACUUCUGUGGAAGUCGGCCAAAAUGACAGACAACCCGCCGCUAAGUCAGUCCUGGCUGUGGAGGCUGGAAAUUCUGGCGGGGACGAGCCCACACUGUGUCCCAGUGAGGCUGAGCCCCAACAACAGCUGGAAAAGGAGUUUCACAACACGGACCAAUAUAGCGGCACAAUGGCAAACACCGACUAUUCUCCACCUACAGCCUCGACUUUAAAAGGCUUGCUCACAAAACCUCUGCAAUUAAAAACUUCUGCCUGCAAAGUUAUCAGCGCUCAAUUUACAUCUGAUAGUUUUAAUCCCUCGCCCGAUGAAAGCUUUCUGUCUAAAAGUUCACCCUGUAUAGGUGUGAAUACAGAGCGUCCUCUUGAGGUUCACACCUCACCCAAAUUAGAUAUUUCAGAGAAAAGCAGAGAAACACUAGCGGCAUCACAGAUAACAAGCAAGAGUCGAGCAGGAACCAAAUCACCCGUGUCUGAAGAUGUACUAACAAGUCUUUCAGAUAUCACAAAUGUAUCAUCCUGCGGUACUCUGAACACAGAGUCACGGUCAAAUGGAAAUAUCAGAGACAUGCCAGCAAGUUUCUGUUCAUCUGUCAGCGAGCAAGAGUCUGGAGGUCAUGGAGGAAAAAAGGGGGACGAGAAAUCUGGACUCAAGAGCCCAGACUCAGUGUGCGAGUUGUUGGGAAAAGCGGAAGAUGCCAUCUUGGUACCCGAAGCUGAAUGUAAACCUGAACGGGUGCUGAAUCCAGUGUUUGCUAUGUCUUCCUUUUGGAGUGAGAUGGAGAAGCUGACAAUAAACGACAUUCUGGGUUUGAGAAUGAUCAGUAAAGCUGCUCCACCCAGCUCCCUCCCACCGUUACAGGAAAACGAGGAGAUGGCAGAUUCAGGCUUUUUCACUCAAAUAGACGAGUCCACACCCGAGCAAACGACCGAGGACGCCUCUGGUUUCCCCGAUGCUGUAGAAUCAUGUUUUAAUCCUAAUAGCGCGGCCAAUUUUUCCCCUUCACAAAGUGUUUUAUGGGAGAGUGAAGCAGCCCACGUGAGCCAAAGUGCUGAUAUUUACCCUAAAAAUGUGAUGCUGACAUCUGUGAGUGACACUUCUCGACCUUUCCUCUCAGAAAAGGCUGAAAAGUCCCUCCGAAAGAUUUCCAAAAAUAUCAGCGUGCACAACUUACGUGCACUCGAGUCUGAGUCAUUUAGCUACACGCAGAAAUGUGAAACUUUACAAACAGUAGAUGAAGGAGAAUCUCAGAAAGCAGAGUAUGUCUUGCCUAAGCAAGACAAAGGCACAGAUCCUCUGCCUUCCUCUCUGACAGACAGUUACAGCAUCUCUCUCAUAGAUAUAUUUCAGUACUUCUUUGGAGGGAAACAAACUGCUCCCAGCCAACCAGCUGCAGAUAACUUAACCACCUUCUACGAUGACGGGAAUUCAGUCCCUGAAACGUAUGAUCAUUUUUUCUCUGAGUUCGACACAGAAAACUUCUUCUAUCCGCUCAUCGCAACUGAAGAUGAGACCAAAGACAAGCCAGUUCCUAUCUUUUCCAGCUCUCGCUCAGCUAACAGAAACUUCCAGUUCCCGGAAGCUUAUGAUUAUUUCUUUGCCUCAUCAUCCUCAUCUGACGAGUCGGAAUCCGAUGAAGAGGAUAACACCGGUCCUGUCAGGGUAUUUACCAGGUUCAGCCGCAAGGCGAGCUCAUCUCGUAUUUCUAAAGACAUGUAUGAUGAUUUCUUUGCAGAGAACAACCUCAGACAAAACUUCUUCUGGAAAACAACAUUCUCCUUCAGGAACAUAGAUUUUUCAGCAUCUACAGUCCAAAACCAGGCGUCGCACUCUCUGUCUCUCGUACCUGCGAGGCAAAGGGGCGGUUCUCAUGCAAGGACAGUUUCUUCUCUGAAUGCACUGGGAAAUGAAGACGUGAUGUUUCCUGAUCCACUGCUCUACCACUUUGAGGACAGGGUAUUCAGCCAACUAGCACAGCAGCCUUUCAGAUACGAAGACCUGCAGACGGCCGUUUCAAAUCCAAGGUUGGAUGCCCCGUUCCUGCCGCUCAAACAGUCAGACAUGUGUCUGGUUUGCAUUGCGUUUGCCUCGUGGGUGCUGAAGACUGCAAAUCCACAAGUCGGAGAUGCUUGGAAGGCUGUUCUGCUGGCCAAUGUAAGUGCCCUGUCAGCCAUUCGAUACCUGCGUAAGUACGUCAAAGCGGAGGCGGCCGGCUGUGAAACGAAACUGCACCGCAGGGCGCUGCCUGCUCCUUCACCUCUCGGCCUCUAAAUAUGUCGAGGCUGAAGUGAUCCAUCUUUUCCAGAAAGUCCGCGGCGGAUUGUUGAAACACGUUUGCACUGUGAUUACUGAUCUUACGUCUCACUGAGCUUUCCAGAGAAAGUGUUUAUUUUAAGAGCAGUUAUUUAACUUGAGUGAAACUUUAACAUCCGAAAGUGUUCAGAAAAAAAAAAUGAAACGACCAAAGGCAAGAUGAGGCAAGCUCAUCUGACUGAAAGAAGGCUUUAGAAAAAUCAGAUGCAUAAGUAUGUGUGAAGCAAGCUUGGAGGUGAUGAGUGAUACGUGGAUUAGUGUGAGAGACUGUAGAGAUUCAGGAGAAAUUUACACAAACCUGUUUCCAUUACAUGACUUUUGGUAGCAGAUGCUUCUAUUUAAAUCAACCAAACUUUUAAAAUAUUCUUACUCACAGUUAUUGUAUUUUACAGAUUUGCCACUGUAACCGCUCCCAUUCAGAAGCAUAAUUUAUUUAAGGGGGACAGCAUUCUGUGCCAGUAUCAGUUAUAUGUAUAUUAUGUGUAUGGUAUUUUAUGUUAAUGACAGAGAUCUGUAUACUGUUGUCAUAUGUUGCACUGAGCUGUGGAUGUUGAUGAUAAUGGCAGUGAUGCCUUUCAGUUGAACUAAAGUAAACAGUGUAGGUUGUGUGCUGUGUGUGUUAUUGAAAAAGCAGACGUGCACGCAAACCUUUCUAAACACUAGAUGGCGACAUAAACUCAUGUAACUGGACGCAGCUGUGUGAUUUACAAUGUCUUUCUUCCCUAGAAUAAACAAAAUACUGCCGAUAAAUCAGUACAGAAAUAUAAGACUAAGCUUAUAUCACAAUAUAUUUUAAUAUACUGUUUAAAUUUAAAGAGUUUAAAAGUUUGGUCAAUAUUGUUGGUAUUCAAAGAGCACUCUGUCAAGACGUUUUGUUCAGCAGGGGGCAACACUGGACCAUAAACUCCAAGUGUUUCAAAGUUCUCUUGAUUUUUCAAAGGAAUCUUUUUGUUGUUGUUGUUUGUUGAGCCAGUUAACACUGACUUAUGAAUCAUUUGAGAAUGAAAAAGCUGCCUAACAGUAAUGAAUCACUGUUGUGUCUGCGCGUGACAGACAACUUAGCAAAUAGCUUUAAAUUGUAUCUUCAGGCACUUUGUUACUAGCAGAAAUCUAGUUUCUCAUAGCUUACAAUCAUUUUAUUAAUUCAAUCCAGGAAAAAUACUAAAGAAAAGACAGAUAUAAAAUAGUAUUUUUGCACCAACUAAGGUGGAUUUUCAUACAAAAUACUGACUUUUAAAACUGGUUAUAAUUGUACAACUCUAACCCUGAAACUCUUGUUUUUAAAUCAUUUACUGUAUUUCCAUAUGCCUGCAUGUUUCAGUCAAUUGCACCACAUUUUGCUACAAGAUGUAAAGAAAUUAGAGAGGUCACAUGAUUUUUCCAAAGCACUGUACAAUCUAUUAAUCACAGGUAAACUGUUGUUUAUUAUUUGCCUACAUGGAAACUAAAUGGUGUCUUACUAGACUUUGAAAGAGGCACCUGGUGAGCUAGUGUGUGCAGACUGCAGAAAAUAUAAGGUUUGCAUAAAAAGACUUGUUUUAUUCUUACACUGUUAUUUUUCUCACGUUCUAAUAUAAACCAAUCCUUCACCACUCACUAU